AUGGUGACAAUCUCUCACUACAAGAUCUCCAACACGCUGGGAGUGGGCACUUUUGGCAAGGUCAAAAUGGCCGAGCACACCCUGACAGGGCAAAAGGUGGCAAUCAAGAUCAUCAACAAAAGAAAGAUGGAGCAGAUGAACAUGCACGAGAAGAUUCGAAGAGAGAUCCAGAUCUUGCAGUUUCUGAAACACCCUCACGUCAUCCGCCUGUACGAGCUCUUGGAUACCCCGAGUGACAUCUUCAUGGUCAUGGAGUAUGUGCCGGGUGGUGAGCUCUUCGAUCACAUCGUGCACAAGCUGAAGCUCCAGGAAGAUGAAGCCAGAAGGUUCUUCCAGCAGAUCCUCUCGGGCGUGGAGUACUGCCACCAAUGCAUGGUCACACAUCGAGACUUGAAGCCCGAGAACCUGCUUUUGGACUCAAAUCUGCACGUCAAGAUUGCAGACUUCGGUCUAUCAAAUACAAUGCGUGAUGGAGAGUUCCUGAAAACCUCCUGCGGCUCGCCGAACUAUGCCUCACCCGAGGUUGUCUCCGGCAAGGCAUAUGUUGGCCCCGAGGUGGACGUUUGGUCCGGGGGUGUAGUCCUCUAUGCGCUGCUUUGCGGAUCCCUGCCGUUUGAUGACGAGAACGUCCCGAACCUCUUCAGAAAAAUCAAGCACGGGAACUUUACCUUGCCAGGCCACCUUAGCAGCGAAGCAAAGGACCUCAUCGUCCAGAUGCUCGUUGUGGAUCCUACAAGGCGAAUCACGUUCUCGCAGAUCAGAAAGCAUUCCUGGUUCCAGAAGGACCUGCCAGAGUAUCUUGCAGCCCCGCUGAACCUGGCGGUGGAGAAGCUAGAACUUCAGGCAGACAUCCUGCAGGAAUUGGAGGACAUGGGCAUCAAGGUCGCCGAUAAAGACAACUUGAAACCUGACGAGCAGGUGGCCUAUCACCUGCUCGCUGACCGAGCCUCGAAGCAGAGCAGCUUCUCGAACCUUCUGCGGAAGGACCAGGCCAGCAUCACUUCGCACAGGAUGUUCGACGAUGAGGAAAUUGCAAACGUUGCCAAGCAGUUCGAUCAGGAGAGAUCAGCCCCGGUCUACAAGAUCGCGGCCUCGGCCAACGACAGGGCGGCCAUGCUUGCUCAGGCGACCUACACAGCGCCAGAGUGCCCUUGGCGGUUGGGCUUGGAAGCCAUCAUGGAGGCUGCCGUCCUGAUGACUGAAGCAUUAGUGACGCUUCGAGAUCUGGGCUAUGAGUGGAACAACGUGACACCGUGGCGGGUACGUGCUCGGCCUUUGAAGAGACAGAAAAAUCUAAUGCUAACGGUCCAGGUGUACAAAGUGUCCUCCGGAAAGUACAUGGUGGACGUCCUGAUCCCACAGGGCCCUACGCUCCCGGCGGUACAAGAAGCUCUGCUCUUCCUGCGGCGGCUCUCGCAGCGGGAGGUGGCUCCUUAUGGUAGUUGCUCUUAA